AAUAAAUAGAUUUAAUUUAGUUCGAUUGCUCAACACGCGUCUGUAAUAGCAUUACAAUACAAAGGAUCGGAAAACUUGCAUUCAUGAAAAUCACGAAAGAAUACUUUGCGGUUAUUAUACGCAUAUUCAAUAGAACUUGUUUUUAAUGUGGAAAUCGCUAGCAGCCAAUGAUCGCAUAAAAAUUUUUCCUGGAUUUUGAAAAUGCAUUUCGAGCUGCACAGUUGUUUUCCGCAUACUAAAGGAUUUAUUUUACUAUUUUUGCAAAUUGUUUCAAAUAGUGCAGCACACACAUUUUCCACACUACUGGAUGGUAAAAUAGUGGGUGGCCAGCCGACUACAAUCGGCGAGGUGCCAUAUUUGCUGAAUUUGAGGCGCAACGGUCAAUUCACUUGUGGCAGUUCGUUGUUAACGCAACGCUGUGUACUCACAGCAGCACACUGUGUGAAGAAUGUGCCAGCGGCGGAUUUAACGGUGCACGCAGGCGUAAGCCGACUCUCCGAAAUGGGUGUGAUGCGUCAGGUGGAGCAACAUUUUGUAUCGCCAUUCUACUCAACCUCAACACUAGAUAUGGAUGUGGCUAUUUUAAAAUUGAAGGAGCCAUUGAGUGGACCAAAUAUUUCUACAAUUGGUUUGUGCAACAAACAGCCUGCCAGCGAUGAGUUUGUGAAAAUAAGUGGUUGGGGCAUAACCAGUGAAUAUAACAAUGAACCGCCGGAUCAAGUGCGUACGACAUUUGUGCGCGUUGUUGCCAAGAGUGAUUGUAUGCAGGCAUAUUUGGGUAAGGCUCUCUUAACCAGUACAAUGUUCUGUGCCACUAUACCGGGUGAACGGGACUCAUGCUCUGGUGAUUCGGGUGGACCGGUUGUGUAUGAUGGUCGAGUUUGCGGUAUUGUUUCAUGGGGUUUCGGUUGUGCACGCAAGGAGUAUCCUGGCGUCUAUACUAAUGUGGCUAGUCGACGUGUAAAUGCUUUUGUGAAACAACUGCUAAUGCAACACUGCCAAUAAAUUGAAGUUAGAAAAAUAAUAUAUUAUAAUGCGUUCAUAUAAUAAAUAUAUACACACAUAUAUGUAUCUGCCGAAUAAAAUUUAUUUGCAAUAUUA